UCAGCGGAGGAUUAAAGCCAAAGCCCUCACACUCUUCACACCAGCAGCUCACCCACUGACCGAGUGGUGAUCUGGACGACUGUGGAUGCUUCUGUGAACAUCCAUCCUGGUUGACACUGGUCCUUGAUCAGAACCUGGAACCAAAAGAACCUGAAUUGCAUUCACCACAAGAAUUGCUAUUGAGAGAUUCAAAUAGACUCUUGGAUUGGGCUAACUUCUUAUCUUUGGAAACAGUUGCACAUUUUGGACUAACAGACGUACGGCGACUCUAGAAAACCCCACAACACCUGCAAGUGUAGCACUGGUAUCUUGUCACCAUGAGUAGUGGUGGGACCUCCACAGUUUCACCCCAGGAGCCGCAGGCUUUCAAAAGGGCUGUGAGGAAGAUAAAAUGCGCGGCCAUGGUAGCCAACUUAGCCAAGAGCUGGCAGGGAUGGGCUAACGAACACUCAGACAAGCAAGACAACAUCCCGACCGGCUGGAUGCCCACAUCUAUUGAGGAGGAAGAUAAGAAGGAGCGCAACCACGUGGUCAAACUCACCGUUACCCCACGUGUAAUCGCAGCAGAAGGCAGCGAGAGCGGCGCGAGUAAGAUCAGAACCUGCAACGUGACCAAAACCAUCCAGCCAAAACGCAGCGAGUGCAGCAGCAGCGAUGUGGUCAACGCCAUCCGAGGAAAGAUGGAGUCAGGUCCGGAGGAGAGCAAGCCAUUCCUAGGCAACGAGUCACCCACACGCCGUCGUCAAAUGAGGGCGCUACAGAACGCAGGGGGUGGACAGAUCCAAGACAAGAAGAUGAUGCUCCAGGAGAAGAAGCUGGGUUCGAGGAGCAGCAGUGUGGACACGGAGGACAGCGGGCUGGGAGAGGAGGGUGGCGUCAGCGACAACAGUGAUUCAAAAACUGAACAGAGUGACCUCCAGCCCAAAAACAGGCCUAAGAUCAAGAUUGCCACCAUGAAUGACAUCAAAAGCAAAUGGCAGAAGUGGUCCGUGCAGCAUGUGGAGGGACAGAAGCUCAACCCUUUCAGCGAGGAGUUCGACUACGACUACGCCAUGGGUCAGCGCCUCCGCAAAGGUGACUCCGGCUACGGUCGACCCAAAGACGGCUCCAAGACAGCUGAGAGGGGUGACCGGGCCCAGAAACACAUCCACAGGGAGAUGGAGGAGAUGGUAUGGAUUAUCAGAGACAUGGGAUUCAAGGACAAAGAGGGCCGGACCAUCAUUAGCUUCGGCCGCCUGUUUGACCGCUACGUAAAGAUCUCGGACAAAGUGGUGGGCAUUCUGCUGCGCUGCCGCAAACACAAGAUGCUGGACUUUGAGGGGGAGAUGCUGUGGAAAGGACAGGAUGACGAUGUCAUCAUUACGCUGCGGGACUGAGGACAGAUGUGGUUGUGUCACGGACAUUCAGAGAGCUCCGAGAGAGUUCAGAGAAACAAGCUAGCAUGCUAACGGAUACAUCACGUGGACAAUGGAGAUGGAGGAUAUUUUAAAUAUGUAUUUUGACAUAAUAACGAACGUACAUUUAUACACAAACAAAGAUAGAACCUUAAAGUGGCAAUCUGUGAAGAUAUUUAUAUUAUAAACAUCUAUUGUCUGUGGUGCUAUUCCUGCAACAAAAAAAAAAGAAAAGAAAAGAAAAAUGCUGUAUUAGGCUCAUACCCAGCUUUAAACUGAAAAUAUACAAGUUGACAUUUAUUAUGAAUCAGUUACAGGAAACAUGUUUUGUCUUUGAGAUUAACCGUGGUCUACAAAACAAAAGAGUUGUCAUUUCUGUCAUUUUUUUGAGAGCUUUUGAAAUAGUAGUCACAGAACAAGAAGCAGCAGCCACAGUGAGCUGUUAGAUGAAGUGCUGCACCUGGUAACAAUUCUAUUUACUGUGCCUUGCUGUUUUAUAGACAUACCUCUUGUGUGGCAUAAAAUCUUAUCGCGUUUCCUCAAAGACUGAUGGACAAAGGGUAUUUGUUGCGCAGCUUUUGCAACCCAAAUAUUACAAAAUCAACUUAAAUAUUCGUGAUAUAUAGGAUUAACAGGGAAGCUAGUGUACACAAGAAUGGGACACACACACACAAACACACAUCAGACUCAUUAGUUCUUCUCAUAUACCUAGCAGGUCAUGUGGUGAAGGGAAGCUAUCUUUACCAUGCUAACCACGCUUGACUUGCUAACUAUGCUAUAUAUUAGAGGCCUUAAGAAUCCACCAGAAUGCCAGUCGUGCUAGGAAGCUUUACUCGGACUGCAACUGGAUAAACAACAACACAGGGUCGAUUUCACCUCAUAAUUCAUGGCAUAUGUGACAAAGUUUGCGUUUUGUCCUCCUAAGCUAAUUCAUGCACAAGGACAGCAGGUUAACCUCAUCAUAAUUUUUUUUUUUUGAGACCAAAGGUUUUUUUGACCUCUUUUCAUUGAGCUUUUGAUAUUUUGGUAGCAAGUUACGAGGCUAAGCUAAGCUAAGCUAAGCAGUAGUGUUACAAAAGAUAAAAGUAAGUUUUUAAAGUGGUACUUUAAAAGAGAACCUCAUGUUUUUGUUACAGUACCAUAUUUACCAUAUUUUAAAUAUUUUUUACCUUUUGCUCAUGCGAUCAAUCGCACGGGUUUUUUUAGUAAAACGCCAGCUGAGCCAGUCGAAUCAUCCGUUGACACCUUUCUUUAUGUUUCUUUAUUUAUGAACAAAAAAAACUUGUGUGAUAACAACUCGUGUAACUCUUUGGUUUGUAGAGACAACUCAGCUGUAGCAGGCAGAGUAAUACUAAUGUGAAUCUUGACUGUAACUGUCAAACUCUUGUCUAGUCGGUGUAUGUGCAACAUGGAAGUCAAUAGUUGUAAAGUGAAAAUGUACUUUACCUCAUUUUAACUUUUACGACGGUUACUGUUUGAAUGUGUCGAAAUAAAAAAAAAAUUGCUUAAAGUG